AUGUCAGAGGUCUAUAACUCCUCCCAGGCGAAGCUGAGUUCAACUGCCGGCUCCACGCCGUCCGCAAUCAGCGCUUCCCGAGUCAACUCAUCAUCGACGCCCGACGACUUCAUAGACGCUGAGAUCCCAAAGGUUCUGGCUCGCAACACAGCCUGUCAUCAAUGUCGUAAAAAGAAGCUCGUCAGUCUAUUUUCCAUUCUCACUCUCAUGCUGUACACUAACCCAUCGCAGAAAUGUAACGCACAAAAACCGAUUUGCUCGAACUGUCAGAAACCUAGAGUACGAGCCUCUCACAAAAGUGAUGAUAGUCCGGAAGCCGAAGCUUGUACUUGGGAUGGACCGAAAGAGCCGAGUGCUAGAACACGUCGUAGAAGGGAAUCGGCAAAGCGACAAGCAUUUGUUGCAGAGGAGCACGCUGGUCAACCCACAGCGGUUAGGGCGAAAAAAGCAAAGCUGGCAGAAUUGGAGGACCGAAUUGCAAAUUGUCACGGUGUGCUGGAAGGUUCAAGGCAAACUCCGAUCGAGCCCCUUCGGGACUCGUCUUACAGCGUCAUUCCACAAGACUCGAUAAUUUCGAUAAACUCCGAUAUUCUUUCCCAACCAUUGUUGCCGGGGAAACGACCGUACACUUAUCAACACCCCCCCUUCAGUCUUGGUUUUUCGGAAGACAUCCAUGUAUAUCCGGAAAGCCGGACUACAGCAGAGCGACAUUGGGGUACAGUGGAUGCUUCCUUGGGUCAAGAGAAUGUCAACAGUCAAUUCGAACGGCUAAAUGGUGCCGCCCGAUAUGCUACCGACCCAAAGGAAGUAAUACCGGACACAAAUCAAUCGCAAACUGUUAUGCCUGCAUCAGCCACAUACGAAGUGGACUAUGACCCCGAUCUUUUCGCAGGGUUUCCUGAUUUGAUAUGGCCUGAUUGGCCAAAAGAUUUGCCGAAGUUUGAGAUCAUUGAGCAUCUCGUCACCACAUUCUUCUCCAAGGUACCAACGCUACCCAAGAUGCUAAACCGACGUCUGCUGUUGCAGAAUCUACUGUUACCACCGUCACAUAGUGACUUCCCCGCCCGUCCUCUAUUACACGCCAUCUGUGCAGUGACAUCAAAUUUCGUUUCCGAAACUGCGUUGGCUACCAGAGCGUACUUUCCAAUAGGAACUUCGUCCUCUGAGUUCACACAUCCCACGAGAGAUUUUGAGCACGAUUCCCAUGCUAGUCGUUCAGCAUUUACCGGUAUUGCUAUGGGGCGGAAACCUGAACCUACUACGCCUUUGAGUCGCUUUCAAUUAUGGCACCGACGGAAAGCAUUUGAAUCAUUCUUUGCGCACGUGGAUCGGGGAGAUCGAUUGCUACAAUGUAUACAAUCAUACAUCAUAACCACUGCAGUUGACCAGUACAACGCUUGGUGGACUGACAUGUGGAUGGAAACGGGCGCUCUAUUAAGAAUGGCGACGCCUAUGCGUCUGAACGAGUCGCCGAAUUCGCCUGACGGCUCUCUUCGCCGACACGGUAGUAUGCUCAUGGCUCCUGCGAGCAGUGACUGGGAACAAGCGGAAAGAGAUCGAACAUGGUGGUCGGCUUAUAUGUUGGAGCGGGGCGCCACAAUGUCAACGACUUGGGCAUCGUCUCUCGAUGACGAUGAGAUAACGGUGGAAUUGCCUGCUCUGCAAUCUACAUUUGACAAUGGCUUCGGAGAUCUAACAGGGAUACAGACAUUGCACUCCCCUGACCUCUUCACUUCUCAUCCACCGCGGCACCGAGACAGCUUCUGCCUGUUAGUAAAAUCGAUCAAGUUGCAUACCGAAGUCAACAGGUUCUUGCGCCAAUAUGGCCGUGGUAGUCACAAUGUCGCAACAUAUUUAUCCAACCCGACCUUCCGUGUUCUAUUGUCGCAGAUCAAUGCAUUCAAGAUGAGCUUCCCCCCGGAGUUUCGGCGGCCUACUCACUUCAAAACCGGUGAGGGGGCUGCAGCACUUGAUAGGGACUUGAUACAAGCUCUUUGGAUCAUGCAUGCUGCCAGCAUAUGUUUGGGUGAACCAUUAAUCACCAAUGAGACGUGGACAGAAGAAGGCGCUCGAAUGACUCUGGCAGCCAUUCGAGCAGCACUUUCGUUGCUAUAUGACAUAAUUGCAACCAGCUAUGAUCUGACCCUGUUCAGUCCACAAUGCUCGUUCGUCUGGUGUUUGGCUUCAAGGGGACUGUUGCGGUUCAUAGAUGCUGCCAUUCAGUCCGGUGAUUUGGUAUCAGGUGCAGUCUUCAGAUCCGAAAUAGAGGUGUUCCGACUUGCUAUGCAAAGAUACGGAGAGCGAUUUCCAAUUGGUAACAGGCACCUGAAGAUGAUUGAUGACGUGCUUGCUCAACAGGAAGGCAAAGCCCCUAAAAAGAAGUCUUAUGCCAUAUUAUACGACUGUUCGAAGGAGGAUGCUUUUGAAACCGAGCGUACUGUCGGGGCCAAUUUCUCGGAAACAGCUUCCUCAACGAUGUUCACUCCUGGACAAUCAGAUGGUCUCACACCUGAUAAUCCAAUCAGAAACCAGCCGUUCUCAAUUCUCAUGGAUCCAGAUUCGCAGCUAUCGAAUAAGGGGUCUGACGGCGGUACGGUCCAAACAUCAUUGCCGACCAUGACAAAUGUGGAAAUCCAGGACAAUUGGGAUAUCAAUAGUUUCAGCUUUGAUGUCGAUGCCGUAGCCAGUCUCUUUGAGGCUACGGGUGCGGUAUUUGACGUUUCUCAAUUCCAGUCAAUGCUACAGUAG